GAGUCUGAUGAGCGCUACUACUACUACGCAAAGUAAGCUCUUCAACUGACUGCGCUGCGUGGCGCUGCGCGAUGGUUUGUGGCCGCUGUGGGUUCAUGUUUGCUGCUGCUACGCCGACAAUGUAAGGGGCGCCGCUGCUACCACCACCAACAUUUGUGCGCUGCGGUUUGAGUGCAACUUAUGGGAGCGCGCACACCGUACAUCUUUUUCUAGGCUGGUCUUACAAUUCAGUUUGUGUUCGACUUUACAUUGUUCAGCAGCAGCAGCAGUGGAGCAGUAGAGCAGUAGUGGCACACGAGCUGCGCUGUAACUUUAAAACUAAACUCGUAAUUGUAACGUUUUUCAACAGCUGAUUGACUGACUGAGUGCAAGUGAAGUGGCGAAGACAUGUUUCUUAAUAACAACUUCCUCAUAGUGCAUACACAUAAUACAUAUUUAUUGAAAAAUAACCGUUAAGGAGCCUUCCGCUAUGGAUACGCAAAAGCUAACGAACAGCUCCAAUGCAUUGGCUGGCAGUGUUCAGUUGGUGAAGGAGCGUAAUCGAAGUAGCAAUAAAGUGAAACUUUGUGGUUAUUUGAAGAAGAAGCGAAAUAAAGUUGGCGGCUGGCGUAAAAUGUGGUUUGUGCUGCAGGAUAAAUUGCUACUCUCCUACGCAUCGAAGGAGGAGUAUGACAAUAAAUUGGUUUCAUUCAAAGACGUACUCAAUCUGGUGCCCGGCACAAUGGUGCGUCCAUUGGGUGGCUUUCGUUUCACAAUUGAGACGACAACACAUGUAAUGUACACUUUCCACUGUGACGAUCGCAACGCCUAUCGCGAAUGGAUCACCAUGCUGUUGGAUAGCUUGACCGCUACGAGCAGCUCGAAAAUUAUUUCCGCCAACUCCUCCGCCGCCUCCGCGUAUGCGCUGCUACCCAUACAACAGCAACGUUUCCGCAAUACAUCUGUCGACAAUAUACCCUAUGCGCUGUGGUCGACGGCGGGGCAGAAUUCACAGCGUCAGCGAGAGCUUUCGUCCAGUUGUGAUUCGAUGCGGCAGCGUGUGGAAUUGUUGGAAGCCAAUGGUGGUGAGUAUGCGUAUUUGGAGCGCAUGGCGAAUGUAAAAGCGAGAAAUGGCUUUAAAUCUACGACGUGGUCGCCAUUAGCGCCAGCGCUGUCGCUGCCCAGUCAGAGUAACGCUGGCGGCGCAGGCGUUGGUGGGGGUGGUAUUGGUGUGGCGGUGCGAUUGCCAAUUGCGCGCAGCACAGCGAAAUUACUGGAGCGUAACGGCGUGAAUUCAAGCGAUCCGUUGAAAAAAUACCAACAGCAACACUACCAAAAACGGCAGCAGCAACAAGUGAACUGUUGCAACAGGAGUAGUGGCACAACAGCUAGCGCAACAAGUAGUAAAAGCUACAAUAACAACAAUAGCAACAAUGCUAACGAAAACGUCACAGAUGCGCGUUUAACUACUGAAGCGAGUGCGACCCACUUCCGUUUGCAUGGUGAAAGUAACUGCAGCGAUUUUACCACACUCGACAAUGGUCGCCAUUCCUCAAGUGCUGGCAGCACAUCUUCCUCAACUUCCGCAUCCGCUUGCCAUGGACCUGUGAAUCAAACAGUCUUGAAAAUAAAUAGCAUGUUCCAGCGACAAUCGAAUUCGCCAACGGCGCCAGAAAGUGUUGGCGCGACGAAUCGCCAACAUGUGGUGAAUAAAGAAUUUCCAAACUAUCCAAAGUCAACACAAACGAACUGUGAUCAAAACGAAACUAUUCCAAAGUAUAAGCAUAACAACAAAAGAAAUAACAAUACGAGCGAGUGCAACAACAACAACCAGUUGUUGUUGGCAGAUAGCUGUUCAAUGAGUGAUGAAGCUGAAGUUGCAGUGGACAACAUUUCUGCAGCAUAUUCCAGUAUCUCCAAAGACAGCCAAGCAAUGGUUAUGGUGAAAGACCAAAUUCAACGUAUGCACAUCAAAGGCCGGAAGGAGACAUUGUCGUAUGCGAACGUAGAUGCCGCAGUCGAGCGUCAUGAGCAGCGGCGUGUUGUCCUAACGAAAAAGUUGGAGGAAGAAUCGUUUAUUGAAACAAAAGCCAGUAUGACCAAAACAGUUGCCGAUGAUGAGGCGUGCGAAAAGCCAGUGGUGGAUAGUGAUGUGGAAAGUGUUGAUGGUGAUGCUGAGGAACAACAACAACUCAUUGUUGAGAAAGCUACAUCAGCGACUUGUAAUCGUUCAUCAGAGCCAAUUUAUGCUGUUGUGGAUUUGGCACACAAAUAUGCACAACGACAACAACGUAAUGUGCGAAAUAAUUUGAAAAGUUUGGAAGCGAAUCGGUGUAGAAGCUAUGAAAGCAUUAUACAAGGUGUGGAGUCCAGUGUUGUGUUGACAAAUGGCUGUGGAGCAUUAGGGAAAUCGAACAUUAAUUUACAUGAGGAUGACAUCGACGGCAUCUACGAGGAUGGUGAUAACUUUGCUCCGAACUGUGAAAAUGUUGUAUUAACAAAUGGCGAUGAAGAUGAAAAUAUUUAUGAACCUGUCGGUUUCGACAAUUUCGGCAGUAAAAAGAUCCCCGCCUCCGCGACGCAACCUAACGCCUUUUGGCGCUACAUAACACGUUUGAAAGUCAAUUCGCUGCUACAGUUUACACGCAUGCGUCGCCACCACCACAACCACACCGAUUAUGACACCAUCGAUCUAUCAACGCCGUCAUCAUCGCCCACACCUACAGCAAGCAAUAGAAGAACAAAAACAACGUUAGCAAAGAAACAAGCAGCGGGCACUACAAUACCAACAACAAAUACAACAACGUCGUCAUCACAAUUUGCCAGCAUUAAACGCAAAUUCGGUGCACAUCGCAAGUCAAUGCAAGUGCGUGUACGAAAAAUAUGCGCACGCAAUUAUGAACCAAAGACAACAACUUUCGGCAAUAAACUAACCGCACAACAACAACAAAAUGGUGAUGGUCACUUAGCUGCUGGUGUUGGUAUGAGUAAUGGUGUCAACAUUGCCAGCAGCGUGGGUGGUGCAGGGAAGAAAUCAAAAUAUCGUUGGAAGUCAGUGAAAAUUAGGCCAAAACAGUUUAAUGGCGCCUACAAUGGCACAAAUGGCAAUAACUGUGGCACGAGUUGCACAACCGAUGAUAUAAGCUGUAAAACGACGCGACGACAAUCUUUCUUCGGCAGUCUGCCGCAUUUGCGUAAAGCGCGUGUCUCACUUUUCUCCACGCCAAAUUUACAUUUGACAGCAGCGAAAGAUCAGAAUAGCAACGUUAGUAGCGUGAGUGAUGUCUAUGAUAAAGCGUUGGUGGAUAAGAUACCCACGGAGGGUAAACGUGAAUAUGAAGAGCUUAAUGAGCUGAGCAGUUGAGCGCACAGGUGUACAGAUAUUUGUGGAAUUGUGAAAACUUUAGUAUUUAAUUUUUAAGAGCUAAGUGCAGUUGCAUUGAGAUAAAUUUAUAUGGGCUAAGCCUUAAGACUUGGACUUUAAGCGAAUGUGUGCGCUAAUGUUAAUGCAAAGCAGACAAUAUUGGGCUUUUAGAUUAAUACUUAGCUUGACUUGAAAUAUACAUACUAUUUUUUAAUAGCAAAAGUAUCAAUUAUGACUUAAAUAUGUAUAUAUGUAGGAAGGCCAGUAAAUAAUGUGCUAAAAAGCCGCAGAACUAAAGAGUUAAAAAUCUGCAACAUACCGUGAACUUAUAAAUAUAUGCAAAGCUUAUUUCAUUAAUUAUUUGAGAGAUGUCAAAAUGUCAAGCAGUGAGCAACAAACGACUAGGUGAACGAAGUAAUAAAUAAUCGUUUAUCAUUUUUGAAAAUAUGUAGAUGUAAUUGUUUAAAAUAAUUAUUUAUAUAUAUUUAUUUUAAAAUUUUUAUGUUUGUUAGUUUUUUUUAUAUUUGAAAUACAUAAUGUUUGAUAGUAAUAUUCACAACAAUUUAUAUUCUUUCAAUUUUAUUUUCAACAAUUUAAUUCCAAAUAUUGAAAUAUUCGUUAUUUAUUUUACAAUUAUAGUGGAACUUCCGAAACUCGAACCUUCUAGAAGUCGAAGAUCUCCAUAACUCGAACACUUGAAUUGGCAAUAGCGUUUAGAAGCCAAAUUUCAUACAAAUUUCCU